UUGGCCCGAGUUAGUUGUUGUUCAGGAACGGAAGUGUGGCUCAGUUAUCACGCACUCCUGGACGUGCCUGCGUGCGAAGUCCAUCGUAUAGCCUGCCUUCACGCCACCCUGUAGCUAGUUGGGGAGUUUUUCAAGUUGCACUUGCGCCGUGCCGUGCCGUGCCGUCCCGCUGUGUGGUAAAAGAAAAAUUCCACGCGGCCGUACAUAAACAUGUCACGGACUCUGAAUACCGAUGGAAACCGUGGUUCGUCAAGUGACGCUGAUAAAAACGUCGCUUUCCACUUACCGGGGACAUUUUCAAGGAAUGAACAGGUCCGUGUAGACCUCACGAAACUUGAGGCACCUUCUCUUCGCAAGUAUCGAAGAGUGUUUAAGUUGGGUGAAGUCCAACAAGGUGGAACGAAAGAUGAACUGAUUCCAGCUGUUGUCCGUCACUGGAAACAAACAAUCGUAGACGAAGAUGAAACGCUGAUCGCUUUUGUCACUGCUCUUCGACAACGAGCAAAGAGAGGGAAUAUUCAAGCGGUGAAUAAUCGGCACUCCUCAUUUAAAACAAACUCAACUCGAUCAGGCCCGAGAGGAAAAGGAAAAUAAUGUGUAUCUGAGUUGGUUUGUGUGAGCAGACGACCGUAGACUGCGUGCGGCAUUUUUUUUCAGUGGUUUGUAACACGUUUUGCAGCAGUUGCAACGGGCACUUAUAAGUGCUACGGUUAUUGACAACAGGAAAAGUGUGGUGACACAAAGUUAACAAAUGCCAGAGUUGGUCGACA